ACUGUAAGUAAAGAUGUCAUGCUUCUCCUGUCAGGCUGAGGAGGGGACCCUGCGAGUGCACCCUGACUGAAAAGGGGACCUGCACUGCCUUGUCUUCACUGUUCUGCUGAAAUCCUUUUUCGAAUCAAAAUAGGAAUCUCAGUGGAAAAAAAGGGGGUCAGAGAAAGACUUCAAAGCUCAGUGGUUGAAAGCUGAGAGAUGUAAGGCCUCCUGUACCCCUGCUGAUAUCAAGGGGGAUUGCCAUGGAUUGCUAUGGAAACCCUGGGGGCAGCUGUGGAGCCCUUGUGCUGCCCAGAGAGGUGAAGCACUGGGGAGCUCAGCUCAGAGGCUGGAAAAGAUACAAAGCAAAACUGUAACUGUAUAUGGUCAGGGAAAUGUAAGGGAAAUCUUACAAAAAUGUAAGAAUGGCUGACCUGUACAGCUGUUGGGGUUUUUUUCCCCCCUUCCCCUCUCUGCUGUCCCUCCCCUGGAGCAGUCCCUUUCUCUCCACAGAGCAGCAGCAGCAGGUCUCUGAACUGCGGUGCGGUAUUUUUAGGACCUUUGCUACACUGUGCAUAGCAUGACAGCGCAGGGAGCCCUGGGAAGAGCGGCGGCCAAGCCGUGCUUGGUGUUCUCUCCGCGCUGCCUGUACCUCCUGUCAGCUGGGCCCGAGAUAACUCGAGGAAGAGGAGAUACAUCUCUAACCCCUGGUGGGAAAGAAGAGGAGAGGAAUUGAUGCACAGGAGUGUUCCAAACACAACAGAAAGAUAUGCCUUCCUCAGUGCAACUCUUCAGAGAUCAGCAGUACCACGAGCUGAAAGGGCAGUGUAUCCAGCACAGACGGCUCUUUGAAGAUCCAGAGUUUCCAGCCUCGGAUGAGUCCCUUUUCUAUCAAUCAGCGCCACCAAGGAAAGUUGAAUGGAAGCGCCCAAAGGACCUCUGUGAAGACCCCCGCCUGUUUGUGAAUGGAAUCAGCUCCCACGACUUACACCAAGGCACCCUGGGGAACUGCUGGUUUGUGGCUGCAUGCUCCUGCUUGGCUCUGAGGAAGACCCUCUGGCAGCGGGUGAUUCCAGACUUUAACGAACAAGAAUGGGACCCUAAAAACCCAGAGAAGUAUGCUGGGAUUUUCCGUUUCCGUUUCUGGUGCUUUGGAGAAUGGACAGAGGUGGUCAUUGACGAUCUGCUGCCAACAGUGGACGGGAAGUUGAUCUACUGCCAUUCCAACGUAAAAAAUGAAUUCUGGUGUGCGUUACUGGAAAAAGCUUAUGCAAAGCUGGCUGGAUCUUAUGAAGCCCUAGAUGGAGGCAGUGCUGCAGAUGCAAUUGUGGAUUUCACUGGAGCCGUGGCAGAAUCUAUUGAUUUGGUACAGGGCAAAUACGGUGAGAUUAUUUCUGAGCAAAUGAAGCUGUUUGAAGACUUGCUGAAAGUGCAUAAAAGAGGCGGGUUGAUCAGCUGUUAUAUUGCGGUUUCCUCUGGAGGUCCCAGUGAAGUGGAGACAGAGAUGGGUCUUGUCAUCGGCCAUGCCUACUCAGUGACUGCAGUUCGGAAGCUGCGCCUUGGAGAAAGGCUCAUAUUCUCUUUUAAGGCAGAAAAGCUGUUCAUGAUCAGGUUGAGAAAUCCCUGGGGAAAAAGGGAGUGGAACGGUGCCUGGAGUGACAAUUCUGAGGAGUGGAAGAAAGUCAGCAAUUCAGAACGUAAGAGCUUGGGACUCACUCUCGAAAAUGAUGGAGAGUUCUGGAUGACAUUUGAGGACUGGUGUAAGAAUUUCACUGAUGUGGACAUCUGCCGGAUUGUGAAUACCUCCUACUUCAGUCUCCACAAGACCUGGGAGAAGAAAAUGAUGCAUGGGGCUUGGGCAAGGAAUUCAGAGCCCCUGCUAAAUCGCUCUGGUGGAUGCUUUGAUAACAGAGAGACCUUCCUUCAGAAUCCCCAGUAUGUCUUUGAUGUUAAGAAGACUGAGGACAAAGUGUUGGUCUCGUUACAACAGGAGGAUCGUCGCAAAUACAAGAAAGAAGGGAAAGGAGAUAGCAUCCCAAUUGGCUUUGAAAUAUUAAAGGUGGAGGAUAACAGAAGCUACAGACUACACCAGCUCACUGUGCAGGAGAGAGUGGCCACAUCUCUCUACAUCAACACACGCACUGUAUUCUUGAAGAGGAUCCUUAAGCAAGGCCGCUAUAUCCUUAUCCCAACUACGUAUCAUCCUGGCAUUGUUACCAAGUUCAUCCUCAGGCUCUUCACAGAUGUGCCAUCAAAACUCAGGGAGCUGAAGGCAGAUAAGCCUAAAAUGACAUGUUGGAGUCUUCUUUGCGGCUAUCCACGCAGAGUCACCCAAAUCAAAAUUCACUCUGCAGAGGGUUUACAGAAGCAAGACAGAUCGGGCGGAGCGGAUCCCUAUGUGCUUAUCAAGUGUGAGAACCAAAGCAUGCGCUCCCCUGUGCAACAUGAUACGACCAGUCCCAUCUUCGACACACAAGUGAUCUUCUACAGAAAGAACAUAGACAGCCCUAUCAUUGUCCAGGUCUGGAACAGCAACAUCUUGUGUGACCAGUUCCUUGGACAGGCAGUGCUGGCAGCUUCACCCAGUGACCCCAGAGAACAGCAGACUCUGCAGCUCCAAGGGAGAGGCAGCCGAGAAGCAACCGAGGUGCCAGGUCACAUCACCGUCAAGGUUUUUUCCAGCGAUGACCUCGUGGAGCUAUGAAUACCAAAGCCCCGCAGAGCCAGACAGAGCUGUCACCUCACAGCAGGGGGGCUUGUCUGUGCUUUCUGUGUGAAUGACUUGGGAGCAAAGGUUGCGCAUAAUCAUAAUCACUUUAAAAAGAAAAAGCCCUCUAACUCUCCCCAUUAUCCAUGAUAACAGGGAGAGAGGCUUUUAAAGAGGGGAAAAUGCAUAGUUAUACACAUAUAUAUGUUCAUGAUACAGCAAAUACAGUAGAAGAGGGGCCAAACUAAGCAUUAGCAGAUAAGCUAAUUAAGAUACGACUGUAUUCUCCAGCAGCAUCUUUCAGGAGCUUUCGGCACAUGAGCUGGAAGCACGUGUGACUGUUCUCACAGGUUCCCAGCACACCAUCAUCUGUUCUCAGCAGUGGGACGGGAGACAGGCAGGAACGGCUGCAUCUCCAUGGUCAUGUACCAGCAGGUUGGUGGCGUGGCAAGCACAAGGUGGAUUUGCAUGUUUCAGUCUUUGUUCACUGUCAGGCUGUAUUUGGGAGGGAGAUUUUUUUAAGCUUUGAUUGGAAUUUUUUUCCCCAUAUAGGGAUAUAAAAUUCCUGAUGAGUUUCAUUGUUAUUGCAACAGAUCAGAUGUUUCUGUUCCUUGGUGAAAGUGUCAUUAUUCAAGGAGUUCAGUCAUAGGUCGUAGCCUUAAGACCAGGCAUGCCGGGGCAGAACAUUAAAAUAGAAGGACAGAUCUUGCAGUGCUGAUUUGAACACCACAGCAAAUAAGAGCAUUGCCUGCAGAAAGGCUCUCAGAUUGACUUUUUUAUUCUUCUGUUCACCUCGGGCUGGCAAACUAGUAUCUCUGGCUAAGGGAAGGGCGCUUCACAAUUCCACUAUGGUUUUGCUCAGAGGACAAAUUGAGUAAUGGGAGCCUCCUUGCUAAAGAGGCUUUGUUUAAUCCACAUGAUGCUAAAAAUUGUACAACACUCCUUGUGCUUCAUUGGAUGUGAUGUGUAGCACCAGAUUGAAAGAGGAAAAAAUUCACUCUCAAUUAUGAUGCGUUGUAAACCAAAGAAGCUGUGCCCUGGCAGGUACCAGGCUUCACUCUCAAAAUUUCGCAUUGUUUUUUUGCUGACAGAGCUGACAUCUUUGAUGAAGUGUAGCUUGGGUAUAAUGGAGGACAGGCAUUGUUUCUAUUUCCUUCGAAGCAGGGUUCCGGUACAAACUUUCUUUUCAUUUUUGCAUAUAGCCUGAUGGCAGAGUUUCCUCACAGCAGACAUUUCUGCGUUGUCAAGCUGUGCAGUGAUCCUGGCAGUGUAAGAGGCUCACUUGUUAGAUGACUUGGAAAUGGAUUUUAUAUGGUUGCAAAUUCUGGUCUUGAAAGUGAAGCUAAAGGAUGACUAUUCUGCCUUUUUUAGAGUCAGGAAAUUUGGAUUUCUGUGUACCUCAUAACCGCAUCAGCCAUUUUGUGUAAUUUUUAUAAUUUAUAAAAUGGCCCUCAUAGAGAUAGUUUUCACAAAUGGUUUUGAAGUCUCCUCAGUACUCCAAAAGGAUCAUUGCUGUGGUGGGAAAGUGCUUUGUGUGAUAUGUUGAAGAUGGAAUGUAAGGCUAUGAAUGGUAUUAUACUGCCAUCAGCGUAGUUGCAUGUACCAAGUACCUAAAUCCAGCUCUCUUUUUAAAUAGCUUGGGCUCAAGCCAUUUGGCACGCAGAGCAUUUGUCAGAUGUGAACUACAUGUGGUUGACAGCCCCACAGGCAAGUGUAAUUCUUCUCUAUAAACUUAUAGCUUCAUAGUUUCUUACUCACAGAUAUGUCUGUAAACUUUUUGUUUAAAAAAAAAAAGUGUGAACUUUCUCAUACAGACCGGAGCUUGGGCAAGCCACACAGGGAACUGCAGCUCAGUCUGAGCCCUGCACACAGACCUGUUUGCUUUGCUUCUCCUCACAUACUAUUUGAUGCUGUGGUAGCUGCUUCUCAGCAGUGUGGCAUGAUGGGUGACUGUAGCCUGUUGACACACCUUCACCGUACAGGUGGAAAGCACCAUACUGGCAUUCCAGCACCGUUAAAGCUCCACACUGCGAUUUGUAGGGCAGCAAGGUGUGCAGGAGAGCACGCUGAGGCAGAGCAGCAUAGGUCAUGUUGUAUGACCCCUGUUUCAGACAGACUUUUCUCCAGGAGCUGUUCUGUAAGAGAUGGGUGCAGUAAGGAGGGGUUGGCUUGGCCAGCUGAUUGAUUUAGGUCGGUGUUUAGCCUGAAGAAGAUGCCUCUUAGAGGUGGCGCCCAGCACGGCCAGGCUGCUUUCCCCUCUGCGAAUGCAGGCAGCUGGCAGGAGACCGGAGGCUUAUGCCUCCCUGCCCCAGUGCUUGCCUGAGCUCAUCAAGGGCACAAAGCCAUCUCACCUCCAAGCCAGAGCGGGGGUCCCUUGGCUGUGUCCUUUGAGCCCUGCAGCCCUGGCCUUCAGCUCCCAGCGCUGCUGCCACAUUUCAGCAUCUGUGUAAGGGUCGUCCCCAGCAUCAGCGAGGCAGUGGGAGCUUGACCAGCAAUUCUUUGUUGUGUACAGCCUGACAAAGAAGGAAGUCAGGGUGGAGUGUAUAAAACUCCUGAUUUUUAGGCCUCGAUAUUUGGCGUUUUGACCCAGCUCAAGACAUUCCCAGUUUGUCCCCAUGCUGUGGAGACAGGGGCCCUUGAACACCAGUGCUGGUCCAGCUGGAAAUAGAGCUCUGAUGCUCUCUCAGCAUUGCCCUGAGGGUGUCGCAGUCCAGCGCUGGUAGCUGUGGGAGCUCAGGCAUGCUGAGACCAAGCAGAAUGUCUGUACCUCUGCAUUUAUUAAUUGUUGGAAGUAGUUGGAACAGGCAGGAUUUGCCCAGCAGCAGGAGCUGAUCCAACCUGGGAACCACGACUGGCUGUGCUGAUGUACAGAGGCUUCUGGCUUCCAGGCAAUCCUAGGUGAAGCCAAGGCAGGAGUGGCUUGAAAGGGGCUUGCUGCACGAGGGCCCGGGCAGGGCAGGGCACCUGCUGCUCUGUGGGCUCUUGCUCCUUUUGUACGUCUUGCCAUGCACUGAAAGCAAAGCCAGCUCUGCUGGGUUUUCUCUUACAUAGGUGGUAAAUGUGAUGAUAUGUUUGAGAUAAGAGGAUUUACUUUUCAGACAGAUACAGGAAUUUAAGAUCAAAUGUUACCAGGUCAUCAUUGUACUCCUGGCCAGUAUUUUUUAACAAUUAAUGAAAACUUGUGGAAAAAUGAAUGUUUUUUGUUUUUUUUUUUUUUUGUGAGGGACUGCAUUUAUGUAUGCACUUUGGCCACCUUCAGCAAAGAGUUUUGGUUCCCAAAAAUUAAGACGAGGAAGUAGUUAGACAAUGUUUCAUUUCGACCUUCCUUUAUUUUUUAAUGUGAAGUGACUUAAAUAAAAGUUUAACAAAAAAAUAAA